AUGGCUCUCUUGUGCAGGCAGCCCUUGCUCACUUUCGGGGCACGCCUGGCUUCUCACCUUGCUGCGUGUGGCGUUGACCACCCUAUCAGAACGUCACUCGGCCUGCGGGCACCGAAGCAAGUGAGCUCGGGGCUGGAUGGCAAGGGUGGCUUUGACAUGCUUCUGGGAGGUCGCGGUGGCUUUUCAAUCAUUCGCACCCUCAGCGUCCCCCACAUGUCCUGCAUUAUCCAAGUCAACACGCCCACACUCAAGAAUGCCGUCAACUCGGAAACAGACUCGGUUCUUGAGUCCUAUGGGGGUGAUCUGAUUAAGCAACUUUGCGCCAGUGCCUCGGCCCGCCGCAUACCCCUUGCCAUCAUGCACCAUGCUUCUGUGGCGGAGAAAGUUCGAACCCUGAUGGAAAAGCUUGUGCAAAGCGUGGACGGUGGCAGUAUGCUCAACUACCAGCUCGUGACAUCUCCAGAGGCAGCCCUCGACUGGAUUGCCAUGAGCCUGCCAGCUAGCAAGGCUUCUUUAGGAAGCAAGAUGAGCAGCAGGUCUCAGAAGAUGUACACCUCUUCAACAAGCAUCUUUGCUCGCGCCCUCUCUCUGUUCUCGUCCCGCUCCAAACACAUGAGUUCUUCGCCGACCCCACGAGCUGAGCUUCAGCAUUGA